AUGCCACGCGAGGACCGAGAGCGCCGGGACGAGGUGCUCCGCCGCCGAGCGAUCUUGCGUCCGGAUCUCCGAGAAGAUUCGGCGUACGCGCUCAACUCCUACAACUGGAUCCCGUUCGGGGCGUGGGAGUUCGACCUAAACGAUGCAUAUUGCAAUCCAAACUCGCAAACUGCACCACAAGUUGUCAUCCAGCGCGCCGAGCUAGCGAACAUGGUGGCAUCAAGGACAGCAUCUAUGCGUGUAGGAGCUGACAUGAAGAUGGUGACAUGCCUCCUGGCGUUCACCAUCGUUUUGCUCUCGCAGUGUCCCGUCGCCUCCUCGAGGUCGCUGACCUCGUUCUCCUCACAUGGCGCCGAUGCACAGCCGGAAGGCGGCCGAACGUCUCGCGCGGUGCUCCAGCCUCCAACCGCGGCUGCCGAUCAACCGCCGCGACGCGGCAUGGGCGACGACGCCGUGCAAUCGCUGGCAAAGAGCAGCGGCCUUUUGAAGAAAAAGAGCCACGCCAAAGCGCCGCCCAAGCACCACGGGCAUGGCCACCACGCUCCUCCGGCGGACCUUUCGCCACCGGCGCCUGAUACGUACGGCGACCAGCCACCGGAGGCACCGGCGCCGACGUGGCCGGAGCCGCAGCCGAAGCCGGGCAACCAGUGGCCGCCGUUCCGCCCGCCACCGCUCCCCGCAUGGCCGCAUCCGGACAGCAACUGGCCGCCGCUGCCGCCGUUCCCUUUCCACCCACCGCCGCUCCCUGCAUGGCCGCAACCAGAGCCAGGUAAGCAGUGGCCACCGCUACCGCCGUUCCCUGCAUGGCCGCAGCCAGAACCAGGAAAGCAGUUGCCGCCGUUACCUGCAUGGCCACAGCCAGAACCAGGAAAGCAGUGGCCGCCGUUCCCUGCAUGGCCACAACCGGAGCCAGGCAACAACCAGUGGCCGCCGCUGCCGCCUUUCCCGGAAUGGCCAGAACCGGAGCCAGGCAAUAAUCAGUGGCCGCCUUUCCCACAAUGGCCACAACCCGAGCCAGGCAACAAUCAGUGGCCACCGCUCCCGCCGUUCCCGAUACACCCGCCGCCGAUGCCCACAUGGCAGUGGCCACCGGAACCGUCCUUCCACGGCGAGGAGGAGCGGCGCACAUCUAGUCUGCCGCCGCCGGUUCCAACGGCGAACUGA